AUGGUAAUGCUCUUCGACUUUUUAAGCGUAGCUCCCAGGAGGGGGUUCGUAUUUAAAAACUGGGCAGGUAUCUAUUCAUGUAGAUCGCAGUUAUACUUCCAACCAACGUCUGUAGAUGAAAUUGUGAAGGUAGUGAAGGCUGCUAGACAGGAGAGGAAGACCUUAGUCACCGUGGGGUCUGGUCACUCCCCUAGUGAUAUGUGUAUGACAAACGAAUGGUUAAUGAAUCUAGAUCGAUUCAAUAAGGUAUUGGAAUUGAAAGAACAUCCCAGGAAGAAAUAUGCUGAUGUUACCGUCGAAGCAGGUAUGAGGGUUUAUCAAUUAAGUGAAUAUUUGGAACAAAAGGGUUAUGCUAUUCAAAAUUUAGGAUCAAUCUCUGAACAAAGUGUAGGGGGAAUCAUCUCUACCGGUACCCAUGGGUCGUCACCUUACCAUGGAUUAGUGUCUUCACAAUACGUGAACUUGACUAUUGUCAAUGGUAAGGGUGACGUGGUUUUCUUGGAUUCCGAACACCAACCAGAUGUCUUUAAAGCUGCUUUAUUAUCACUGGGUAAAAUAGGUGUUAUUGUCAAAGCAACAAUACGUGCAGUACCUAAGUUCAACUUAAGAUCCACUGAAGAAUUGAUCAAAUUUGAUACUUUGCUUGAUAAAUGGGAUACCAUUUGGACUUCAUCGGAAUAUAUUAGAAUUUGGUGGUAUCCCUACGCUCGUAAAUGUAUUCUCUGGCGUGGGAUCAAGACCCAGGAGCCUGUAACCAUACCAAGAAAAUCUUGGUGGGGAACUCUAGUGGGUAGAUACUUCUAUGAAACACUCCUCUGGGUGGCUACGCAGAUCUAUUCCCCCCUAACACCCUACAUUGAAAGAUUUGUAUUUCACAGACAAUACGGUCAAGUGGAAACUUUUGGUCAAGGUGAAGUGGAAGUCUCCAAAUCUGUCGAUGGAUUAAACAUGGACUGUCUUUUCUCACAAUUUGUUGAUGAAUGGGGGUGCCCCUUAGAGAAUGGUCCUGAAGUCUUACGUUCAUUAGAUCAUUCUAUCAUGCAAGCAGCACAAAAUAAGGAAUUCUACGUUCAUGUCCCCAUUGAGGUUCGCUGCUCUAAUACCACUACACCAGACAAACCGCUUAAUGUGGAAGACCGUACUUCCACAAGUCCAGGACCUAUUCACGGUAACACUUUGCGCCCUUACUUGGACAAUACCCCAUCUCAUUGUCGCUAUGCACCUUUGAGUGAUGUGACUAACAAUCAACUGACUUUAUACAUUAAUGCUACCAUGUACAGACCAUUUCACUGGAACUCCGCCGUGGGCCGCUGGUAUGCAUUGUUCGAAGAUACCAUGGCCGCUGCCGAAGGUAAACCACACUGGGCCAAGAACUUCAUUGGGUCGACCUCUCUAUUGGAAAAGCAGAACAAGCCUGAAACUGAGUACGAUGACUAUGAAAUGAGAGGUAUGGCUAAAAGCGUACGAAAGUGGUAUGGCCAAGAUUUGAAGAAUUGGCAAAGAAUAAGACGUGAACAGGAUCCAGAUGGAGUCUUCUUGGCAAACAAAGAUUGGUGUAUCCGUAACGGUAUCGUGGAUGAGCAAGAUAUAGAACAGGCGGAUCACUGA